AUGACAGCAACAACAUCAUCAUCAACAUCUUCACCACCAACUUUCCUUGAUGGAAUAUUUCGAAAUCGCCAUUCGCGUGGUGAAUGUAUUAGCCCUUUAGAAUUAGAAGCAAUUGUUGCUGUUCAACAAUUUGCUGUUUUUGUUGAAAGUAUUGCUGUCUCCGAAAUGCCACAUUGUUUAGAAUUAACAAGUAAAGGUUGGAGGGUUACUUCUCUCCGAACAGAUUGUAUGCAUGGAGACUUUACAAAAAUGGAAAUGUUUACAAAUUAUUAUAAUUCUUUUAAUGAAUUAAUGAAUUUUAUUUCACCUAAAUAUCAAAAUUUAAAAGAAAAUGAGGAGGAGGAAUAUAUUAAUAAUAAUAAUAAUUUUCAUCACAAUUCAACAGAAUGUUCAAGUAAUUCAAUAAGUGAUUCAGAAGAAUUAUUUAGCAGCAAUAAUAGUUUGUAA